GCGAGUGUAGCUAAACGAAUUGUAUAGAAAAUUUAUAGAAGAAUAGCAAAAGCAAAAAGAGAGAAAAACAACAGUGCAUUUUAUGAGGAUCGUGAGCAUCCGUUAUACCUCGUUUAUGUUAUGUAUUGUAUUUAACUUUGUGUGUGCUUUACCUACUACUGAUUACCAACUCACUGGAGUUAAGGUCUGCUGCUGAGAAGUGAAAACAAGUUUUGCGCCCCAACUUCAACGCGUUCACAGUUGGCAGGCGUUUAUGUGUUGUUGCGCGCCCCUCACUCUCGGUCUCAGUGUGUGCACAGCAUCACCUCCAUCCGGCACGUCGCCCCAAACAAACACGCUUUUCAACGGAGCUCGGUUUACUUGCGCCUACCUAUCUACCGACUGCCGCGCUGUCAGUUGGUUUUACGCGCUGUUUUGUAGUUAUUCGACGGUAAUACGUUGGCUGUGUGCUCGCUAUUCGGCGUUUAACUCAAUCAUUCGUUCGUUCGUUUUCUCAUUUUUGGCUGCUCCAAAUCAAUUUGUGCAUUCUCAUUUAAUCGUUCAUAUUUAUUUGUUUGCAUUGUUGCAUUUGUUGUUGCUGACAUUGUGUUCGUGCAAUUUGAGCCUUUUCGGUAGGGCUGCGCUGUUCCCGCUGCUGGCUGCCGAUUUUUUUGGCGUUUGUGUAACAGGUGAAUCUAAUUGAAUGGAAGAGUGACACAAUAGUUUAGUUGUUUUCGAAUUUGGUUUAAGCUGAUGAGGCGUAAAUUGGCUUUCUAUGGCUAAAAUAUAAGAAUGUGUACAAUAGAAAAUAAAUAAAUAAUUACAAAACCAAAUUUCCUCAAAAAGAAAUCAUCAUCUUCUCUUUCAUCCUAUGUGUGUGUAUAAAAACAUAGAAAAUAAAAAUGAAUAAAUCUGUGUUUACAUAAGUGUUCAAGUGUCUCAGAAAACUAGAAAAAAAAACUUGAAAAAUACAACAACAAAUACUUCACAACAAAACAUUCAAUUUGGAUUAUAAGGAUUAAGCAUAUGACAGUGAAAAAACUUUUAAUAAUUUAUAUGACGAAAUAUGUAGACCUGCAGCAAUGGCAUUAAAUAUCAAGUAGAAGAUUCAGUCAAGCCAGCAAGCGUGCGUAAAUUUCAAUAAAAUGUGAGAAGUGUAGCAUACAAUUAAUCCCAUUUACAGUCUCUCAACAAUAAUACUAAAUACAAACACAACAUACGAAAAAGACAUACCCAACAAAUGGAGCCCAAGCACAGAAAUUUAAAAUAAUCAACAAAUUUAAAUCAACAAUGCAACUACACGAUUUUGUGCAUGUAAUUUUGCAAUUAUCACUUAACAUUCACACCUACUGAGCUACAUAUCUGCGACUGAAAAUCACAUGCAUGUCUCACGCAUAUCGCCAUAUCGCAAGUACACAUGUGCGCACAUAUGUAUGUCUCUAAAUAUAUGAGUGAUUGAGAUUGUUGUUGUUUGCAGCAGUACUAAAAAGAACGCCAAUAAUUCGUUCACUCUUAACUCUACACCAUCAACAUCCUUGACGUCAACACUCGAGUUGAAAUUCACUAAAAAAAAAACGAAAGAAAAUCUCGUGGCUCUCUCUUAAGCUUUUACGUGAUUGGCUUACAUAGCAUACGUGCAUACAUACCUAUCCUCCAAUAAGUUAAAAUAUAUUUAUUGUGUUGUACUGCAUUGUUGAUGCUUCAUUCUGCGGCAUUUUUCACCAUAUUUGGCCUUUCGCACAAGAUUAUCUCGCGCACAUCCUGCUGCAUCGCAUCGCAAAUUCCAACGCAUAGCCUCCGAUAGCAUCGCAACAGUUUUGCUGAUUGUAUGGCAUUAUAAUUUUAAAUCAACUACACAAUUUUAGAGCUACAUAAUGUCACCGCCAUUUACCUUGAGUCGAAGCGCCAUAGCGAGUGCGACGCGCUCGGUAUUGUUACUGUUGUUAUUGAGUUGUCAGCGCGCUGCCAGUAUUCUGGGAAAAUCACAAAUGUGCGAAGUAGAAACGGGCCAAACGAAUAUAAUAUUGGAUAUCGAGGAGAGUCGGGGCGAUUUUAUUGGCCAACAGACCACGCCGCCGGAGUUGCCAAUUCACGGUGAUCCCUACACGGAAAUUGCACUGGAUCUAGUCUUCCCAAAGGGGAAUCCAACAUUCUUGUUAGAUGGCAAGAAAUUGCAGCUGCUACAACCACUCGAUCGCGAUGAGGAGAAUCUGAGUCACAUUGUCUUUCAGGUCUCCUGCUCCAUUCGCAAUGCAACAAAUAAGCGACGCAGCAUUCCGAUUAUUGUGCGCGUAUCUGAUGUCAACGACAAUGCACCGCGCUUCAUGAACACACCCUAUGAGGUCACAGUGCCGGAGAGCACACCCGUCGGCACUACGAUCUUUCGCCACAUUCAAGCACUGGACAAGGAUGCUGGUGUUAAUGGACUUGUUGAGUAUUUUAUUGUUGAAGGCAAUACAAAUACAACUGAAGAUGAGAAAAUGACAAUUGCCGAUGGAUAUGGUACAUUUGCAAUUUCCUUUCCACAUCAGGGGCAGGUGACUGUUGCCAAAACGCUGGACUACGAGAAGGUGCAACGUUACUAUCUAACCAUUGUUGCAACGGAUCGUGCGCGCAACGUAUCCGAGCGUCUCUCCUCCACUACCACGCUCACUGUAAACAUAGCCGAUUCGGAUGAUCAGGAUCCAUCGUUUAUUUAUCGUGGUUGUGUGCUGCUCGAUGGCGCUUGCAUAAAUCCCGAGUACUCUGCUUCUGUGCCUGCGGGCUCGCUACAAGGUGUGCUCACCGUGACACCCGAACGCAUACAAGCCGUGGAUUUGGAUACCAUAAGUUCGCCCAUUCGUUACUCCUUCGCUAGCGGUAUGCCGAGUAAUUAUGCAGACUACUUUGAGAUCGACGAACAGACGGGUGUGCUGAAGCAGAUCAAGGCGGUGGAUACUUCGACGGCUAAGAAGUAUGACAUUGUUGUAAAGGCGGAGGAAGUGUCCAUAGCGAAACGUUUUACCACAGCGAAGUUGACAAUCAAUGUAAAGCCCGUGGAUGCCAACCCGCCGGUCAUAUCUGCGAGUGAGAUCGAAGGUUAUGUCGAUGAGAAUUCGCCGAUCGGCACUCGCGUGGUGGAUGUCAAUGGCAAACCAAUCUCUUUCAAGACCACAGAUGCUGAUUUGGGCGAGGAUGACCCGAAACCUGAUUAUAUUUACGAACUCACGACGCCUUCCUUCGAUGUCACAAAUGAUGGCAUUUUGAUUGUUAAUGAAGAAGGCUUGGAUCGCGAUCCACCUGCGCCAGGACGUUAUAAGUUCCAAGUGGUCGCACGGGAGCCACGCACCAAUGCUGCCAGUGCACCACUCAGUCUGACCGUGCAUCUGCGCGACGUUAACGACAAUCCACCCAAAUUGGCGAUGGUGCCACCAAUCACGAUCACCGCCGGUGAUGGUCAACGCACAGUGACCAAAGUUACUGCCACGGACAAUGACGAGGGUCCAAAUGCAAUUAUCACCUACUCAAUCUAUCACGUUUCGAAUAAUGGCCUGCAAAAGUUCAGCAUCGAUGAGAAGACUGGCGAGAUAGAAACGCGAGGUCGUCUGUUGGCCGGCGAGCAGUAUAGUAUAACGGUACAAGCUACAGAUAAUGGUGGUCUUUCCUCGCAAGCUAUUGUAGAGAUCGCUGUGACGCCAGGACCAAAUACGAAGCCACCCAAGUUCGUGAAACCCAUCUAUGAGGUGCAAGUGAGCGAAGGCGCUGAAAUCAACUCCACCGUGACUGUUGUACAUGCCGAAGAUCCCGAGAAUGAUCCGGUGCUUUACUCGAUAGUUUCGGGCAACGACUUACGUCAGUUUGCGGUCGGACAAGAGAGCGGUGUUAUUAUGGUUAUACGCAAACUGGAUCGUGAAAGCCUAACUCGCUAUCAACUCGUUGUAAAGGCCGAAGACAAUGGUGGGCUUUCAAGCAGCGCAACGGUAAACAUUAAAGUGACCGAUAUCAAUGACAAAAAUCCCGAGUUUGAUGAGUCCACACUGCCGUAUAUGUUUGAAGUAGACGAAGGCAAGAAGGAUGCUUUCGUUGGCAUUGUACAUGCUACUGAUGCCGAUGAGGGUAUAAAUGCAGAGAUUACCUACUCUAUGCCGCAAGAUAUACCCUUCUCCAUUGACGGUAAGUCGGGUGAGAUACGCACUGCUGCACCCUUGGACUACGAACGUCAGAAAGAGUACCGAUUCGUGGUGACUGCCAAAGACGGCGCGCCUGAUGCACGUCUCGGCACAGCAAGUGUUACCGUACAGGUGCGUGAUCUACCCGAUGAAGUGCCGAAAUUCGCCGAUGCACGCAUCGACGUGCAUGUACCCGAGAAUGAGGCGGACUACUUAGUAGCUACCGUACAGGCAUUCGAUCCAGACACUGUGCAAGAGAUUACCUAUGUGUUACGCAAGGGUGCAACGGAACUCUUUAAAAUAUCACCGAAAAGCGGUGAGAUACGCACCACCAACGGCUUGGAUUAUGAGAAGAAGAAACAGCAUGAACUUAUUGUCGGAACUAUUGAAAAUGAUGGAGACGGGCCAGGCGAUACGAUACGCAUCUACAUCGAAGUGGAUGAUCGCAAUGAUGUGCGACCGGUGUUCGCCGCAGUUCCUGAACCCGUUACCGUAAACGACGAUCAGCCGAUUGGCACCCGUAUAGCCACUAUGGCAGCCAUAGAUGGUGAUGGCUCAUCGCCAGGCAAUGUAGUGCGCUACGAGAUGGUGGGGCGUGGCAAAGCACUGAAGUACUUCCAGGUUGAUGCGGACUCCGGUGCAGUGCACAUAAGGGAUGAUCUACGUAAAGAGGAAGACACCGAGUAUCAGGUGGACAUACGAGCAUAUGAUAUGGGUGAACCACAGUUGAGCUCCGUGGCGACGUUGCCAGUUUUCGUGCGCCAUCUGUUAGUCGAUCCAAAUGAAAAUGGCAUGAUGGAGGGUAAAAUGAAUGAUGGUGCUAUAAUGAGUCCCGAGAGUGUAGGUUUAGCAUUCAGUGAUGAUAGUUACACGACAGGUGUGCCAGAAACCACGGGCAUUAAUGCGACCAUAAAAGUUAUACAAGUGAUCAACUCAAAGAAAGCGCGUGAUGGUACACCCAGCUUUAAGUGCGAGAUCGUUAAGGGUAAUGAGCUCGGCUACUUCGAUAUAAACACCGAGGAUCAUGGCUGUGGCGUUAGACUAGUGAAGCAUCUAGAUUUUGAGAAUACGACUGCCUACUCGUUGAGCACACGACUGAUAUCGCACAAAUAUUUUGUAAAUCCACAAAAGAGCAUGGCCAUGGUGAAGAUCAUAGUGCAGGACGAAAAUGAUAAUGCACCCGAGUUCGUUUUCAACCGUCCACAUCCGAUGCGCAAAGACACUUUCUAUGCUGUGGUGGCACCCGAAACCGAUAUUAACACACCGAUCUUGCAAGUACGCGCCACCGAUCGGGACUCGGGCAAAUACGGCAUGAUACGUUAUAAGAUCUUCGAUGAGGAGGACAAUGCGAUCAGUGAUGAGCAUUUGCCCACGACAUAUUUCAUUAUGACCGAGGACACAGGGAUCUUGCGCACAGCCAAACUUUUCCAAGAUGGCGCCAACUUUCCAAUGAUGUUCUACGUGGAGGCACGCGAUAAUGACGGCCAAGAGUUGGGCUCACAUCAUACGCGCGCACGCAUAGUGAUCAAUCAGAUCACCGAUCAACAUCGCAUGUCUCUGGCUUUCUCCGAUUCAGCGCCCAAUGAGAUACGCAACCACUACAGUGCUUUGGAGGAGCUCUUGGAGGAGAAAACUAAUGGUCUUAUAAGCGGUAUUGAGCGUUUCAGCAAUCGCAAGCUCUUAACUGAGAACGGCACGGUUGUAGAAAAUCCAGCAGCCACAGAUGUGUGGUUCUAUUUAAUCGAUCCGAAGACGGAGCAAAUUUUGACACGCAAUGACACGACAGUACGUGAGGCGUUGUUAGAGUCAACAGCACGCGCUGAACUAAACUUUGCCGCUUCAGGUGUGGCGCAUGCAACCGCCGAGGGCAUUUAUGCCCCGAUCGAGAUGAAACAGCAGGUGCACAAGGUUAAGGCAGCCAUAGCAAUCAACGAUGAUGUCUUUCCCUACACACUCAUCGCCAUCUCGAUCAUCAUACUCAUACUCGGCACGAUCGGCAUUAUCUACAUCUGUAUUUCGUGGUCAAAAUACAAGAACUUCAAGCAACGCAUGCGUCAAUAUGCCGCGCCGAGUCCCUCACGCUACGAUCCGGUGAUUGUUAACUCUCAAGCGACAAACGCCGGCGACACAGUCGCCAACAUGAAAGAGUACGAGACCCAGGUGCUGGCCAUGGCCGUGCCACCGGAUGGUGAUGAUGAUCUACAACUGGACUUUAGCGCCAAGAAUCACGCUUUCUCCCUGGACAAUGUCAGUUAUAUAACGCACAAGGAGAACGGCACCAGCGGCGGUCAAGCGAGUCCUUCACAUUCGGAUGCCACCACAGCGACCAUAACCACUCUGCGACGCAACAAUAACAAUAACAAUCUCAACAAUAUGGCGCAUAAUAAUAGCAAUAGCAAUAAUAUCAACAACAACAACAACUUGAAUGGCAUGAAUAAUCGACAGAAUACAUUUAACCGCACGCUCGAGAUGAAUGCGCGCAACAACGCCAAUCCACUGGCGGCGGCCGCAAACGGCACAUUGCCCGGCACACUGACGCUGGGUCGUCUCAAGCAUCAAAAUGGCGGUAAUCACUAUCAGAAUGGUGGCUACAAGCUGGACGCUGUGAGCCGCAAUAAUCUAGCUAAUCUGCAGAAUAAUAGCUACAGUACGAUGGGUCGGCGGGGGAACACAUUUGGCGGGCCAAAUGGAUUGAACACCUUGAACGGGGAUGGCGGUGGCAACACUGGUGAACUGAUGACAAAUACGCUGGGUCGCAACAAUCAUCAGCAUCAUCAACACAAUAGUCGCGGUUAUGCGGAUGUGCCGAUUACGAAUCCACUUUUCCAACGCUCCAACGGUGACCUGAGCCACAUUAGCACCACCAACGAGAACGUCACCUUCGGCAAGCGUGACUACGGCCAACUGGGCUUCUCCUAUUUAAAUGAUUUGGAUCGCUCCGAAGUGGAGACUACAACGGAACUGUAAAAAA